UAACACCUCAGAGCUAGCAGGGUGAAUUCACUGUAGUUCACUCACUGUUUGACCGGUCAGUUGAAUCAGGCUGAAACUAACCCUGGACGGGAUUUCACAAAACAGAAUAAGCAGUACUCAAUCAACAACUUAUUUGUGGUCUCUCGAUUAGUUAUUAGAGAGAUACAUAGAGACACAUUUAGUCAAUUCAAUUGUAUGGUUAUCGCCAUAUAGAUUUAGCCAUGUUUUCGAUGUUCAGUGCAUUUGUGUUUGUGGAAUGUCUUUCAUUUCAUUCGCUGGUGGGAAAUGUAUUUCUCAACAUCCCAUCUCUUUAGAGGCUCACUUGAUAGAGGGCCCCACUCUCAUGAAUAUUCAAACAUCUGACAAAGAGAGGGCAGACAAACACUGUUCAAACAAAUUUUCCUCCCAAAACCCUCCACAAUUAUCCGUGCCAAAUUGAUUGAUUCUAGGAAGCCAUUGCGUAACUCCUAAUUAGUUUACCCUCGUUUUUUGAUUUAAAGGAAAACUCCACCCAAAAACUAUCUUUUGGUAUUUGUUUCAUUAGUCCAUUGUUGAUAUAGUCCCAAAAUGUUUUGCGUUUCAGCAAUCAAGUUUUCAAGAUAUAUAACUUUCAAAAUACAGAAAUACACUGAGUAUACAACACAUUAAAGAACACCUUCUCUUUCCAUGACAUAGACCAGGUGAAUCCAGGUGAAAGCUAUGAUCCCUUAUUGAUGUCACUUGUUAAAUACACUUCAAUCAGUGUAGAUGAAGGGGAGGAGACCGGUUAAAGAAGGAUUUUUAAGCCUUGAGACAAUUGAGACACGGAUUGUGUAUGUGUUCCAUUCAGAGGGUGAAUGGGCAUGACAAAAGAUUUAAGUGCCUUGAACGGGGUAUGGUAGUAGGUGCCAGGCGCACCGGUUUGAGUGUGUCAAGAACGGCAACGCUGCUAGGUUUUGCAACUCAGUAUUAGGAAGGUGUUCCUAAUGUUUGGUAUAGUGUACAGCCGGUUUGAUGCAUUUUGCAUCAUAUGAUGAAGGCCUUAAGGCUGAUCGGUAAGCUUAAUAAAUAAGUGAUACUAGCAAGAGCAGUGUGCGGGUUUCUCUUUUCUUUCAUGUUAUUCAAUUGUUACCAUGGCACCUGCAACAAAGAUAGUGUCACGAUCGUGUAUGAGUGCGUAGACAGGCGCAGCGUUUUGUUGAAACAUGUUAAUUAUAAAGUAAACAAACACGACUCGUGAAGUCACGGUAACAUACCGACACAAAAACCACCCAACCAAGGGAAAACAUACAGUUAAUAUGGCCCCAAUCAAAAACAGCGAUCGUUGCUCUGAUGGGAGUCACACAGGCAAACAUAGAAACAGACAACCUAGAACACCCAAACAAAGAAACAGAACACAUAGAAUAAACACACCCUGGCUCAACCAAUAGAGUCCUCCUCGGCGGCGGCUCCGGCUCCGGUCUUGCCCACCACCCUCCAACAAACCCCCCAUAGCGCCCCUGGUCCGGUCUGGCCCCGCUGGCUGGAGCUGGACUGGACGUAGCAGGGGCGGUAGGCUUCAGCUCCUUAGUGGAGCAGUUGAGCGGUACCUGAAUUGGCACCGAUGACCCAGGCACGGGUUGUGCCGGACUGACGACUCGCACCCUAGACUUGGUGCGUGGAGCAGCGACGGGCCUUACCAGGCUGACGACUCGUACCCCGGGCUUGGUGCGAGUAGCAGGAACGGGCUGAGCUGGGCUGUCGACGCACACCGUAGGCUUGGUGCGUGGAGCAGGAACAGGCCGGGCUGGGCUGGCGACGCACACCGUAGGCUUGGUGCGUGGAGCAGGGACAGGCCGGACAGGGCUGGCGACGCACACCGUAGGCUUGGUGCGUGGAGCAGGGACAGGCCGGGCUGGGCUGACGACGCACACCGUAGGCUUGGUGCGUGGAGCAGGGACAGGCCGGACAGGGCUGGCGACGCACACCGUAGGCUUGGUGCGUGGAGCAGGAACAGGCCGGGCUGGGCUGUCGACGCACACCGUAGGUUUGGUGUGUGGAGCAGGAACAGGCCGGGCUGGGCUGGCGACGCACACCGUAGGUUUGGUGCGUGGAGCAGGAACAGGCCGGGCAGGGCUGGCGACGCACACCGUAGGCUUGGUGCGUGGAGCAGGGACAGGCCGGACUGGGCUAUGGAGACGGAUAGGAGACCUGGAGUGAAGUGCUGCCACAACCCGUCCUGGCUGAAUGCCUACCUUCACACACUCUGUGUGAGGCAUCAGCACAGGACGUACAGGGCUGUGUACCCGUACUGGCAUAACAGCACGUGACACUGGCGCAGGAUAUCCGGGACCGAGGAGAGGCACUGGAGGCCACGAGCGCUGAGCCGGCACACUCCGUCCUGGCUGCAUGCCCACCUUCGCACAACACGUGCGGGGUGCUCGCACAGGACGUACCGGACUAUGCCGGACCACUCGUGGCACAGUGCGCAGCUCCGCAUACCGCGGAACCUGCCCAGUCUCAUGCUGCCAUGCCUGAGUACGGGGAGUUGGCUCUGCUCUCCAUCCAGGCUCCGCCAACCUGCCUUCUGGCCCCCAAAACCCGGUGGCCUCCUCUCCUAAUAUCCCAAUUCGCCCUGUGGCAGCCUCCUGCUGCCCAGUCGCCCAUGCCGUGUGCCCCCCCCUAAAAAAUUAUUGGGGGUGCCUCUCGCCUGUCCGACCACGGCCCGGUUGACGCCGCUUCUCCACUCCUGCCUGGAUCUCCCCCUUCAUCGCCUUCCGGUACCGGACGGCCUCCUCCUUCGUAAUCUGCCCCCAGCCGAGGAGGACAUCCACCAGCGUUACCUCCUGCGUGUGUUCCUGGACACGCUGCUUGGUCCUGGUUUGGUGGGUUUUUCUGUCACGAUCGUCGUAUGAGUGAGUAGACCAAGGCGCAGCGUGUGAAACAAACAUGACUUUAAUUAGUUAAAGUAUACCAAAACACGACUCGUGAAGUCCACGGUAAACAAAUACCGACACGGAACAAAAACCCACCACACCCAAGGGAAAACAUACAGAUUAAAUAUGGCUCCCAAUCAGAGACAACCAGCCGACAGCUGACACUCGUUGCCUCUGAUUGGGAGUCACACAGGCAAACAUAGAAACAGACAACCUAGAACACCCAAACAAAGAAACAGAACACAUAGAAUAAACACACCCUGGCUCAACCAAUAGAGUCCCUGAGCCAGGGUGUGACAAUAGCUCAGAUGUGCGAGUGCCUUUUGAAUUGUAUUUCUGUAUUUUGAAAGUUAUGUAUCUUGAAAACUUAAUUGCUGACAUGCAAAACAGUUUGGGACUAUAUCAGCAAUGGAUGAAUGAAACAAAUACCAAACAAUAGUUUUUGGGUGGAGUUUUCAUUUAAAUCACAAAAGACGUUAUAACUUCUAUUCCUUUUCCCUUUUUCUUCAGGGUGGAGCCAUCUCGAUUCUGACGGCGUGUGAACGACCAAAUGACUUUGCCGGCGUGGCUCUGAUCGCUCCUAUGGUCAGGGUGAACCCAGAGUCUGCCACGCCCUUCAAGGUGGGUUUUGCUCAUAGAAAUAUGCUUUACUUCCUGUCCACCCAUUACCCACCUAUUCUUGAAUGGGGAUGCCCGUUCUAGGAUUAUAUUUCUGUGGUUUCACCUGCACCCAGUCCCCUCACAUUUACCCUGUCACCAAUGUUAACAAUUCCAUACCAUGUUAUUAGUCCCUUUUACAACCACUGACCUGAGCUGUAUUAGCUCCCUACAUGCCUUAGUAAUCUCUGUGGAUGUUCCGCUUUGUUCUAUAGGUGUUCCUGGCUAAAGUCGCAAAUCACAUUGUGCCCAGUCUCUCACUGGGCUUCAUUAAGUCUAAAUGGAUUUCACGGGACCAGAAACAGGUAAGUCUGGUCUAUGGAAUGUGUGUGUUUGUGUGUGUGUGUGUGCAUGUGUGUGUGCACACACACACGAACAAAGACAGGUAGAGAUAAGAGUGUACAGGAGCCUAUGUCUGUCGUGUGUGUCUUUUUUAAUGUUUUGGCGUCCGGAAUUGGCGGCAGAGAGAAACAUUUGCUGUUUUUCAGCUAUUUUCCCACAAUUCUAUAUAUGUUUCCAUGGAGCUGAGAGAAAGUGUUGCAGUGUGAAGGCUAAUUUGCUGCACAUCUACGCAUUUUGCCAUGGCUAUUUCUGUGUUCUUAUGCUCAUACAUUAAUACAAAACCAAUGGGGACCACAAUCGGGGCCUCUGGGCAUGUACCCUGCGUGCCCCGUCAGUAAUCCAGCCAUGCCAAAAUACUCCUAAAUUCAUUGUUGAGACUUUUCGAUUCUCCCUGACAGUUUAGCUUUUAUUUUGGUGAUUUCUAGAUCUCAAAGAUGAUGCAGCCACCACCUUGCAUAAAAAUAUGAAGAGUGGUACUCAGUGAUUUGGCAGUUUUAUUUUAGUGCGUUAUUGCAAACAGGAUGCAAUUUUUGGAAUAUUUGUAUUCUGUACAGGCUUCCUUCUUUUCACUCUGUCAUUUAGGAUAGUAUUGUGGAAUAACUACAAUCAAAUCAAAUGAAAUGUUAUUUGUCACAUGCGCCAAAUACAACAGAUGUAGACCUUACAGUGAAAUGCUUACUUACAAGCCCUUAACUAACAAUGCAGUUUUAAGAAAAAUAAGUGUUAAGUAAAAAAUAGAUAAGAUAGGCUAAAUAAAAGUAUACUAAAAUAAAAAUAGAAAAAAUUAUAAUAAUUAAAGAGCAGCAGUAAAAUAACAGUACAGAGGCUAUAUACAGGGGGUACCGGUACAGGUUAGUCAAGGUAAUUGAGGUAAUAUGUACAUGUACAGUGCCUUGCAAAAGUAUUCAUCCCCCUUGGCGUUUUUCCUAUUUUGUUGCAUUACAACCUGUAAUUUAAAUUUAUUUUUAUUUGGAUUUCAUGUAAUGGACAUACACAAAAGAAAAAUAAUUACUUGCUUCAGAAAAUUCUAAAAAAUAAAUACCGGAAAAGUGGUGUGUGCAUAUGUAUUCACCCUUUGCUAUGAAGCCCCUAAAUAAGAUCUGGUGCAACCAAUUACCUUCAGAAGUCACAUAAUUAGUUAAAUAAAGUCCACCUGUGUGCAAUCUAAGUGUCACAUGAUCUGUCACAUGAUCUCAGUAUAUAUACACCUGUUCUGAAAGACCUCAGAGUCUGCAACACCACUAAGCAAGGGGCACCACCAAGCAAGCGGCACCAUGAAGACCAAGGAGCUCUCCAAACAGGUCAGGUACAAAGUUGUGGAGAAGUACAGAUCAGGGUUGGGUUAUAAAAAAAUAUCAGAAACUUUGAACAUCCCACGGAACACCAUUAAAACCAUUAUUAAAAAAUGGAAAGAAUAUGGCACCACAACAAACCUGCCAAAAGAGGGCCGCCCACCAAAACUCACGGACCAGGCAAGGAGGUCAUUAAUCAGAGAGGCAACAAAGAGACCAAAGAUAACCCUGAAGGAGCUGCAAAGCUCCACAGCGGAGAUUGGAGUAUCUGUCCAUAGGACCACUUUAAGCCGUACACUCCACAGAGCUGGGCUUUACGGAAGAGUGGCCAGAAAAAAGCCAUUGCUUAAAGAAAGAAAUAAGCAAACACGUUUGGUGAUCGCCAAAAGGCAUGUGGGAGAUGACCCAAACAUAUAGAAGAAGGUACUCUGGUCUUAUGAGACUAAAAUUGAGCUUUUUAGCCAUCAAGGGAAACGCUAUGUCUGGCGCAAACCCAACACCUCUCAUCACCCAGAGAACACCAUCGGCAGGGACUGGGAAACUGGUAAAAUUGAAGGAAUGAUGGAUAGCACUAAAUACAGGGAAAUUCUUGAGGGAAACCUGUUUCAGUCUUCCAGAGAUUUGAGACUGGGACGGAGGUUCACCUUCCAGCAGGACAAUGACCCUAAGCAUACUGCUAAUGCAACACUCGAGUGGUUUAAGCGGAAACAUUUAAUGUCUUGGAAUGGCCUAGUCAAAGCCCAGACCUCAAUCCAAUUAGGAAUCUGUGGUAUGACUUAAAGAUUGCUGUACACAAGCGGAACUCAUCCAACUUGAAGGAGCUGGAGCAGUUUUGCCUUGAAGAAUGGGCAAAAAUCCCAGUGGCUAGAUGUGCCAAGCUUAUAGAGUCAUACCCCAAGAGACUUGCAGCUGUAAUUGCUGCAAAAGGUGGCUCUUCAAAGUAUUGACUUUGUUUCACAAUAAAAAAUAUUUUGCAUCUUCAAAGUGGUAGGCAUGUUGUAUAAAUAAAAUGAUACAAACCCCCCCCCAAAAUCCAUUUUAAUUCCAGGAUGUAAGGCAACAAAAUAGGGAAAAUGCCAAGGGGGGUGAAUACUUUCGCAAGCCACUGUAGGUACAGUGAGGGAAAAAAGUAUUUGAUCCCCUGCUGAUUUUGUACGUUUGCCCACUGACAAAGAAAUGAUCAGUCUAUAAUUUUAAUGGUAGAUUUAUUUGAACAGUGAGAGACAGAAUAACAACCAAAAAAUCCAGAAAAACGCAUGUCAAAAAUGUUAUAAAUUGAUUUGCAUUUUAAUGAGGGAAAUAAGUAUUUGACCCCCUCUCAAUCAGAAAGAUUUCUGGCUCCCAUGUGUCUUUUAUACAGGUAACGAGCUCAGAUUAAGAGCACACUCUUAAAGGGAGUGCUCCUAAUCUCAGUUUGUUACCUGUAUAAAAGACACCUGUCCACAGAAGCAAUCAAUCAAUCAGAUUCUAAACUCUCCACCUAGCCAAGACUAAAGAGCUCUCCAAGGAUGUCAGGGACAAGAUUGUAGACCUACACAAGGCUGGAAUGGGCUACAGGAUCAUCGCCAAGCAGCUUGGUGAGAAGGUGACAACAGUUGGUGCGAUUAUUCACAAAUGGAAGAAACACAAAAUAACUGUCAAUAUCCCUUGGCCUGGGGCUCCAUGCAAGAUCUCACCACGUGGAGUUGCAAUGAUCAUGAGAACGGUGAGGAAUCAGCCCAGAACUACACGGGAGGAUCUUGUCAAUGAUCUCAAGGCAGCUGGGACGAUAGUCACCAAGAAAACAAUUGGUAACACACUACGCCGUGAAGGACUGAAAUCCUGUAGCGCCCGCAAGGUCCCCCUGCUCAAGAAAGCACAUAUACAUGCCCGUCUGAAGUUUGCCAAUGAACAUCUGAAUGAUUCAGAGGAGAACUGGGUGAAAGUGUUGUCGUCAGAUGAGACCAAAAUGGAGCUCUUUGGCAUCAACUCAACUCGCCGUGUUUGGAGGAGGAGGAAUGCUGCCUAUGACCCCAAGAACACUAUACCCACCGUCAAAUAUGGAGGUGGAAACAUUAUGCUUUGGGGGUGUUUUUCUGCUAAGGGGACAGGACAACUUCACUGCAUCAAAGGGACGAUGGACGGGGCCAUGUACUGUCAAAUCUUGGGUGAGAACCUCCUUCCCUCAACCAGGGCAUUGAAAAUGGGUCGUGGAUGGGUAUUCCAGAAUGACAAUGACCCAAAACACACGGCCAAGGCAACAAAGGAGUGGCUCAAGAAGAAGCACAUUAAGGUCCUGGAGUGGCCUAGCCAGUCUCCAGACCUUAAUCCCAUAGAAAAUAUGUGGAGGGAGCUGAAGGUUUGAGUUGCCAAAAGUCAGCCUCGAAACCUUAAUGACUUGGAGAAGAUCUGCAAAGAGCAGUGGGACAAAAUCCCUCCUGAGAUGUGUGCAAACCUGGUGGCCAACUACAAGAAACAUCUGACCUCUGUGAUUGCCAACAAGAGUUUUGCCACCAAGUACUAAGUCAUGUUUUGCAGAGGGGUCAAAUACUUAUUUCCCUCAUUAAAAUGCAAAUCAAUUUAUAACAUUUUUGACAUGCGUUUUUCUGGAUUUUUUUGUUGUUAUUCUGUCUCUCACUGUUCAAAUAAACUUACCAUUAAAAUUAUAGACUGAUUAUUACAUUUACGUCAUUUAGCAGACACUCUUAUCCAGAGCGACUUACAGUUAGUGAGUGCAUACAUAAUUUAUUUUUAUUUUUCAUACUGGCCCCCGUGGGAAUCAAACGCACAACCCAUUCCCUCCCCUACCCUGGACGAAUUGUGCGCCGCCCCAUGGGUCUCCCGGUCGCGGCCGGCUACAAUAGAGCCCGGAUUCGAACCAGGAUCUCUAGUGGCACAGCUAGCACUGCGAUGCAGUGCCUUAAAACCACUGCACCACUUUGUCAGUGGGCAAACGUACAAAAUCAGUAGGGGAUCAAAUACUUUUUUCCCUCACUGUAGAGGUAAAGUGACUAUGCAUAGAUAAUAAACAGAGAGAAGCAGCAGCGUAAAAGAGGGGGUGGGGGGACAAUGCAAGUAGUCUGGGUAGCCAUUUGAUUAGCUGUUCAGGAGUCUUAUGGCUUGGGGGUAGAAGCUGUUAAGAAGCCUUUUGGACCUAGACUUGGCGCUCCAGUACCGCUUGCCGUGCAGUAGCAGAUGGAACAGUCUAUGACUAGGGUGGCUGGAUUCUUUGUCAAUUUGUAGGGCCUUCCUCUGACACUGCCUGGUAUAGAGUUCCUGGAUGGCAGGAAGCUUGGCCCCAGUGAUGUACUGGGCCAUACGCACUACCCUCUGUAGUGCCUUGCGGUCGUAGGCCGAGCAGUUGCCAUAUCAGGCGGUGAUGCAACCAGUCAGGAUGCUCUCGAUGGUGCAGCUGUAGAACUUUUUGAGGAUCUGAGGACCCAUGCCAAAUCUUUUCAGUCUCCUGAGGGGGAAUAGGCUUUGUCGUGCCCUCUUCACGACUGUCUUGGUGUGUUUGGACCAUGAUAGUUUGUUGGUGAUGUGGACACCAAGGAACUUGAAGCUCUCAACCUGCUCCACUACAGCCCUGUCGAUGAGAAUGGGGGCGUGCUUGGUCCUCCUUUUCCUGUAGUCCACAAUCAUCUCCUUUGUCUUGAUCACAUUGAGGGAGAGGUUGUUAUCCUGGCACCACACAGCGAAUGUUGUUAAUCCAUCCUCAGUUUUCUACUAUCACAGCCAUUAAACUCUGUAACUGUUUUAGAGUCACCAUUGGCCUCAUUGUGAAGUCCCUGAGCGGUUUCUUUCCUCUACGGCAACUGAGUUAGGAAGGUCUUCUGCAUCUGUGUAGUGACUGGGUGUAUUGAUAUACCAUCCAAAGUGUAAUUAGUGACUUCACCAUGCUCAAAGGGAUAUUCAGUGUAUUUUUACCCAUCUUCCAAUAGGUGCCCUUCUUUGCGAGGCAUUGGAAAGCCUCCCUGGUCUUUGUGGUUGAAUCUGUGUUUGACAUUCACUGCUUGACUGAGGGACCUUACAGGUUAUUGUAUGUGUGGGGUACAGAGAUGAGGUAGUCAUUCAAAAAUGAUGUUAUACACUAUUAUUGCACACAGAGUGAUUCCAUGCAACUUAUGUGACUUAUGCAAAUAUUUACUCCUGAACUUAUUUAGGCUUGCCAUAACAAAGGGGUUGAAUACUUAUCGACUUAAUAAUUCCGAAAAACAUAAUUCCACUUUGACAUUAUGAGGUAUUGUGUGUAGGCCAGUGACACAAAAUCUCAAUUUAAUCCAUUUUAAAUGCAGGCUGUAACACAACAAAAUGUGGAAAAAGUAAAUGGUUGUGAAUACUUUCUGAAGGCACUGUAAGUUGGCUAGUCUUGGUAGCUAGCUAGCUUGUUACAUAUGCUGGUUGUUAGCUUGCGUAACUGGGGCGUGAAUACUUUCUGAAGGCACUGUACUUUCUGUCUGGUUUUAGUCAUUUAAGUUUGCACUGAAAGUGUUUUUCUAUCCCGAAAAUGUAUUUCAAAAAAAGUAUAAAACGUUUUUAUUUUGGUGUGGCGGCAACAAUUUAGCAGCGACCCACCACCGUGAGUGUUAGAUACUGUAUACUGAUUGUAUUCAACCCAUAUCUUAUACAGUAGUAUGCACAUCAUGGGUCAAUAUUGAGAAAGCCAAUCGCCCUGUGGGUUACUAUCAGUGAACGUCUAAGGGAAAUGCUCAGUGAUCAAUCAACGGUCUCUUCCUUUACCCUGCAGGUUGAAGCAUAUGACACUGACGAGUUGAACUAUCACGGUGGGAUGCGUGUGUCGUUUGCCACGCAGCUGAUAGGCGCGUCGGAGCGGAUCGAGAGAGAGAUCCCCGCCAUCACCUGGCCCUUCCUGCUUCUCCAUGGUGACGUCGACAAGCUGUGUGACAUCGGAGGGUCCCAGAUGAUGUUUGAGAAGGCCCCGAGCACGGACAAGAAGAUCAAGGUGGGACUAGCACCAGAGCCAUAUAGAUCAAAUAUAUUUAGAUAAAUAUAUAAUAGAGAGGGGGAACAGAGAGCGUGAGAAAUAGGGAACACAGAGAGGGGAUGAAACAGAUAGAGCGCUAAUGAGAGGUGAGCUAAUCGUGUGUGUGUUUUCUCUCUCUCAGGUGUAUGACGGAGCAUACCAUGCCCUGCACCAUGAACUCCCAGAGACAGCGGCGUCAGUGCUGAACGAAGUCACCAGCUGGAUCUCCGAGCGUCUCCCUGCGUCUCCUUCUCAGGGGUCC